AUGGCAAUCCGGAAGGAGACGGGAAUCUGGAGCUAUUUUAUUACCGUUUUGCAAGUCAUCAAGCAGUCCGGAUCCACGGCCAUUCAUCCAGGUAUCAAUCGCAUCAGUCUCAAACUCCAACGUCGGACAUCUUCUGGUGCUCCUUCCCCUCUCGCUGCUGUCCCCCAGCCCAUCGGCGACUCGCCCACCGUUGUCUCUCCUCUUGCUCCCCCUACCGAUUUGUUUGACUCUACCGGCAUGCCACACGAACACGUAUGGCGGCCCUACUUUGCUCUCUACUUCAAGUACAUGAGCCAACACUUUCCCAACUGCAGCUAUCAGCGCAUGAUAGAGCGAUUCGAGACGGGAACUAUGAGUCAGUUUCUGGCAUGCUGUAUAUGCAGCUUGGCGGCGAGGUUUGACCCCUCAGCUCAAGAUCCGACGUCAGCGGCUGCGCCAUUCAUCGCGAAAGCGCAAGAGCUCGUCACGCCGCUACUACAUCUGCCGACGCACGACGUCUUUACAGGUCUGCUCUAUCUCGCGUGGUCCAAUUAUGGGCAAAAUUCAGAAAGCGGGCUGUGGCAGUAUUCGGGUAUGGCCAUGCGUAUGGCUAUAGAUCUCGGGGCGCACGAGGUUUCUGAGCUGUACGAGUCGGUGGCUCAUCGGGCGAGGAUCAAGUUGCUCUUCUGGUCGACAUUCGUGACCGACCGCGUUGUGGCAUUCGCCACUGGUAGGCCUGCGACUAUACCAGAAGACAUAAUCGAGAUCCCCUUGCCGGUGGAUGAAGAUUUCUUCCCCGACCCCUCUCGAAACUUUCCCGACUCGGCGCACGAACCUGUCGAGCCCGUACCGUAUGUACAGCUGAUACAGCUGAUGGUCAUCGUUGGCCGGAUCUCUAAUGUCCUCAACGGCCGUCGGGGCCGUGCCCUCACUCUCGUCUCCUCUGCCGAGCCCCUACCAGAACUCGUCCAAGACCUCCAAGUCCGUCUAAUCACGUUCUACUCCAACCUCCCCACUUCGCUGAAAUGGAGCGCCGACAACUUUAAACACCAACACGCCCGGGGUCAUUCUGGGACCUUUCUAGCUCUCCAUCUGUGGGCGAAUGCGGUACUGGCUCUGAUCUAUCACCCAGAGCUGUUGAAGAGCCCGAGUGGGGUGGAGACGCCACUAAACAAGAGUCUGUCGAGGAAUGCGCAGCUCAGUUUGGCUAGCUCGAGGCAGAUCGUGGAGUGCAUGGUGUUUGCCGAUCUGGUGGUUUCGGCAAGCUAUAUCUCCUCGCCCUAUCUCACUCAGCCUCUGUUUGUAGCCGGGAUGGCUUUUAUCCAUGAGAUGCGUGCGCUCAACGCUACCGCCGAGCCCGGCAAGCCUGUGGAUCCUUCCCGCGAUGGCUCACUUCACCCGGACUCCGCUGCUGCCCCUAAUCCGACCGACAUUCUCAUGCUAUCCAGGGCCAAGCAAAACUUUAGCACUAUCCUGCAUGCAGUGUAUAGGCUAGAAGAGUACUGGGCUGGUGCGCAUUACGUGGCUACUUUGCUGGAGAAGAGAUCCGGCUUUCCGAGACCAAGCUCCAAGAUGGCACGACGCACAUUCAUCUCUCUCCCCGACAAGGGGCUUCUCAAACGCUUCACCACGGAUCCCCAACAUCCACAAAGCGUUGGGCCACCGACAGAGACUUCGUUGAGAGACUCUAUAGCCCGUACAAAGCGGUCUGCCAGCGCCAACUCUUUCGGACUGACACCACUGUGGUUGUCGGAUUUCAUGUCUGGAUAUACAGUGGAAAACAUGUCCUCAACACCAGCAGACAAUGUGGACCUGGAACGGCUUUUGGGUAAGGAUGAAAUGGGCCAGCUUGGCCAGAAAGACACGCUCCUCUAA